CAAUAAAUGACAACUACUAAAAUUUUAAAUAUUUAAUACGAUAUCAUAAUAUUUGUUAAAUUCUCCAGUGUUUAAUUUUUAUUUUAUAUUAAAAAUGGCAUAUUUAAACGAAAGUCAUCCAGAAAUAUUCUUCGCUAUUCCGAGGCCUGGAGGAAUAGCAAAAAUAGAUCUUCCCGAACCUUUCCCAGGAAGAGAGAUUAGAACAUCCAAAGGAACAUUAAUAUCUAGAAGAAGUGUUGGAUCUAAUAGAUCUAUGAGAUCGAGAAGAUCAUCAAGGUCAAAAAGUGGAUUUCCUGUAGCAGAAUUUCUCAAAGUCAGUCCAGGAUAUACUACAAGAGAUUAUCGGGUAACUACUGCGAUGGUAUCGUCCCCGUGGGUACUGUUCGAUAACUCUUUUGAAUUUCCCCGACCUCCAAACCCAGCUCAAGAUGCUAUGGAUCUUUUAGCAAUAACGUUAAGUACGGUCAUGCUAUUGGCAGCUGGACAUGCAGAAAUUCCAAAGGAGCAUCAAAGGUGGUCUUUAAGUUACUUAGAAAACGUCAGGGAUCAAUUUGGAAAUAAUCCUCCCAAUGUCAGAGGAAUUAUCAACCAUAUGAAGAUGUUAGAUCCUGAAUUGAAGUCAUUUAACGAUAACGACAAAGUGAAUAAUGAUAUAGAAGUCGAGGAUGAUGCUGGAGCAGAAGGUGGAACUGAGCCUACUCCUUCUUAAGAAGAAAGUGUAUAUGAUUAUUGAAUAUAUGAAGCAUUUGAAAUAACAAGCAAAUUUUUACUACAAUAAAUUCCUUUGUUUAGUA